AGUUGCUGCCCGUUGACCAGGGUCGACGGGUCAGAUGCCAUCGCUGGGAAAUGGAUUGUCAAGAUGAAGGGCGACGUAGCAACGCAAGCUCACGAUGACCUGAUGGCUUCCAUGUCAACAACACCCGACCACAGAUACGUAAUGCCUGGAUUCCGAGGGUUUGCUGGCAUUAUCUCCGAGGAAGAACUUGUUCGACUCCAGGCUUCUGAGCAUGUUGAGUACAUCGAACAGAAUGUUAUGGUCCACAGCAACGACAUCGUGCAACAGUCGAACGCUACAUGGGGAUUAGCUCGUAUAUCUCAUGCUGAGCCAUAUCAAACGAAUUACCUUUUCGAUUCCAGCGCCGGGGAAGGUACAUGCGCAUACGUUAUUGACACAGGCAUCGAGAUCGAACAUCCAGAAUUCGGAGGGCGUGCUUUCUUCUUAGCUGACUUCAGUGGUGAGGACACCAUGAUCGACGGUAUGGGCCACGGAACUCAUGUGGCUGGUACAAUCGGUUCGAUGACUUGGGGCGUGGCGAAGAAGACAACGCUGCUCGCUGUCCGCGUACUGGACUCGUUCGGUUCUGGUACGACCGAUGGCGUAAUUGCAGGUAUGGAGUAUGUUGUUACCGAGGCAGCAAGAAGCAGGGAGGCCGGAGAAUGUCCCAACGGUUUUGUGGCCAAUAUGAGUCUUGGAGGGCGUAAGACGCAGGCCAUUAAUGAUGCUGCCGCUGCCAUCGUCGCAGCGGGAAUCUUCCUUGGUGUCGCGGCAGGUAAUGAGGGAAGGCCCGCUGAUUUGUCGUCUCCAGCAUCUGAACCUAGUGUCUGCACCGUGGGUGCUACGGCAAUCAACGAUACGCUCAUCGAAUGGUCCAAUUAUGGCCCUAUAGUCGACAUUCUGGCACCCGGCGUUGAUAUCACCAGCACAUACCUCGGCGGAACUAUCGAGACGCAUUCUGGAACUAGCAUGGCAACCCCGCAUAUCGUUGGCUUAGCCGCGUACUUCAUGGGUCAAGGAUGGCCAGUGGAGGGUUUAUGCGAAAGCAUGGCUGGCGUCGCGACAAAGGGCGCGAUAGAUGAGAGUACCCUCCAUGAUAACACACCGAAUUUUCUAGCUUUCAAUAUGGCGGAGGCAUCCGAUCAGUACGGCAAACGUACCGUGCGGGUCGCGUAGAAUCGUCAAAGUUCAUCAUCAGCUGGAAACGUCUGGCAUGUGGAUUCGGUACUAUAGUUUUGACGAAGGGGAGACCCUGGGAAGCAAUAUCGAAAAGUUGUUAAGAUUGACCCUGUCCCUUAGCGCAUGCUCAUAGAUCGUGCGGAUCGAGCCGUGCGCAACAGCACCGGUCAUUGAGACGGGAAGAUGCAUGAAACUCACCUGCCGUGCCGUCUCACGUCAAGUAUGUCAGCCUCAUCGGUGGUCAGAUCCCACCUAUGGCGAUCCAGACUCGCCAGUGAAUGCCUCCGAUCUCAAUGGCUGUCGCGACUGAUGCGCGAUGCAUG